AUGUUAUUCUUCAGUUUUUUUAAAACUCUUGUUGAUCAAGAAGUGACCGUUGAAUUAAAAAAUGAUAUAGAGAUUAAGGGCAUUUUAAAGUCAGUAGACCAGUAUUUGAACUUGAAGUUAGACAAUAUCUCAUGUGUCAAUGAAUCCAAAUAUCCACACUUGCAAUCUGUUAAGAAUUUGUUUAUAAGAGGUUCUACUGUUCGUUAUGUCCAUAUGAAUUCGAGUUCUGUUGAUUGUACAUUAUUGCAAGAUGCAUCAAGAAGAGGUACGUUUAAAUUAUUAUUAUUAUCUUAA